AAUAUAACAUAUUUUUAAUACAAUUCUGUUUUGUACAUUCUUAACACAUUAUUAGAUUACAUUCUAAAAUUGAAAACUUCCUGCCUUAAUGUUAACAUCUUAAUAGAUGUUCUUUGUGACGACAAAUAUUUAAAAAGAUAAGUGUUUCUCUUUUGGUCACUAUCUAUAGAUAAUUGGUUAGAUAAGUCAACAAUAUAUGGGCCUUCUAAAUACAACUUAUUUAUUUUUUAGGUAUUAACAAAUAUGAGUUAUGAUGAUGUUAUUCCCCUCCUAGGAGAUUUUGGAAGUUACCAAAGAAAAAUAUAUUUUUUAUUAUGCCUUCCUGCAAUUUUAUGUGCCUUUCACAAGUUAGGAAACGUUUUCUUAAUAGCUGAACCGGAGUAUAGAUGUAAAUUGCCAAACGAGUUAUUGAACGCUAGUUACCAUCUUAAUAAAACAGAACUAGAAAACUGGUAUCCGUACAAUGAUUUGAAUCAAAAAUUUUCAAAUUGCAAAAUAAAAAUUAACAACGAAUCUCAGCCUUGUCAGGAGUAUAUCUAUAAUUUAGAUAUGUAUGGAUACACGUCUGUUAUAGAGUGGACAUUAACUUGUGAUAGAGCAUAUUUAAUUGCUAUUGGUAACUCAUUAUUUAUGUUUGGUGUGAUGGUAGGAUCAAUAGGAUUUGGAGAAUUAUCUGAUAGAUGGGGAAGAAAGAAAACGUUCUUUUUAUCACUGGUAACACAAGUUGUGUUUGGAAUAAUAGCGGCUUUUGCCCCAGAGUUUUGGACUUUUACAAUAGCUAGAGCUGUGGUAGGAGCUACUACAUCUGGAGUAUUUUUAGUUGCUUAUGUAAUUGGUUUAGAAAUGGUAGGACCUACAAAACGACCUAUUGCUGGAACCGUAUGUCAUAUGUUUUUCUCUUUAGGAUACAUGGCCACGGCUUUUUUUGCCAUUAAUAUUACAGACUGGCGAACAUUACAGUUUGCAUUAACGAUUCCUGGUCUUGUAUUUUUGACAUAUUGGUGGAUCAUACCUGAAUCAGCUAGAUGGCUGAUAAGCAAAAAUAAAUUUCAAGAAGCUAAAAAACUGAUACAAUCCGCGGCAAAAUCAAAUAAAGUUACCAUAUCCGAUGAUACGUUGGAUAGACUUUUACAAAGUAAAGAGGAAAAGCCGAAUCCAGAUGAAAAAGUGCCAAGCACGUUAGAUAUUUUUAAGUAUCCUAACUUGAGAAAAAGAACUCUGAUAAUAUUAUUUGAUUGGUUUGCCAAUAACAUAACUUAUUAUGGUUUAUCCUGGAAUACAAAUAACUUAGCAGGAAAUCCUUAUCUCAAUUUUGUAAUAUCUGGUGCAGUUGAAAUUCCGGCUUAUAUUUUUUUAAUCCUAACUUUGAAUAGAUGGGGCAGAAAGAAAAUUAUGUGUGGCUGUAUGAUUGUUGCAGGAAUAGCUUUACUUUUAACCAUGAUUAUUCCAAAAGAUCUGCAGUGGUUAAUUGUAACAAUGGCAAUGAUUGGAAAACUUUCAAUAACAGCAAGUUACGGAGCUGUUUACAUUUUUUCUAUUGAACAGUUUCCAACAGUGAUCAGAAAUGCAGGGCUUGGUGCCGGAUCUACUUGCGCUCGUAUUGGAUCCAUUUCAGCUCCAUAUAUUAACAUUAUGACUCAUAUAUGGCAACCACUACCUCUAUUAAUAUUUGGAUCUUUAGCUCUUAUUGGAGGUAUCAUGUCUUUAGUUUUACCAGAAACUUUGAAUAGAAAAUUACCUGAAACAAUGGAAGAAGGGGAAAAUUUUGGAAAGAAAUCAGUGAGUUCAAAUGCACAGGAGGAAAGUGCACUGGAUAAUGGACAGCUAACUCUGACAGAAAGCAAACCCGGUGAUCCUGAUAAUAACGAUACUCAAAUAAUACUAGUCAAUAUUUACACUAUUUUCAUGGAGGUGCAGAAAACUGGUGGUAGCACUAAUCAACAGGAAGAUGUUUUACGCAUGGCUACCACCGUGCAACAAAACGUGCGAGAAUCUGCACCAAUCAGAUUGAAUAUGGGUUUUGAUGAUGUUAUUCCCUUACUGGGGGAUUUUGGCAGAUACCAAAAACGAGUAUACUUUUUGUUGUGUUUACCUGCUAUUACUUCUGCUUUUCACAAACUGGGGAACGUAUUUUUAUUGGCCGAACCUCGAUACAGAUGUCCACGACCACAGGAAAAUAUAACCAGUGACUUUGAUAUUUCCUAUUCGGAAUUUGAAAAAUGGUACCCAUACGAUCCGAGUCAUAAUAAGUUUUCAUCCUGUUUAGUCAGGUCUGGCAAUAUUACUACUGAAUGUGAUCAGUAUAUCUAUAGCUACGAAGAUUAUGGGAAAACAGCAGUUACGGAGUGGGAUCUUACAUGUAAAAAUGCGUAUUUGAUAGCUGCCUCUAAUUCAAUGUUUAUGAUUGGUGUUAUGUUAGGUUCAAUAAUUUUUGGAGACUUGUCUGACAGAUGGGGAAGAAAAAUAACUUUUCUUAUAUCAUCAAUCAUACAAGUUAUCUUCGGAGUUCUUGCAGCGUUAGCUCCAGAGUUUUGGACUUUUGCUGUUGCAAGGACGAUAGUUGGAGCUGCUACAUCUGGAGUCUUUUUGAUAGCAUAUGUUAUGGGUUUGGAGAUGGUGGGUCCGUCAAAAAGACUUAUCGCUGGAACGGUAGUAUUUAUAUUCUUUUCUGGAGGUUAUGUAUUAAUAGCGCUAUUUGCUAAACUAAUACAUUACUGGAGAUGGCUCCAAUUAGCUCUCACAUUGCCAGGAGUGUUGUUCAUAUUUUAUUGGUGGUGGAUACCCGAAUCCGUUAGAUGGCUGUUAUCAAAAAAUAAGCUCGAAGAAGCUAAAACGAUUAUUCAUCAAGUAGCGCGAACGAAUAAAGUAACUAUAUCUGAUCAACAGUUGGACGAGUUAUUAAGGAAAGGAGAAGAUGUUGAUAAAAAAGACAAACCGCAAGUAACGGCCUCCGUUCUAGACUUGUUUAAACAUUCCAGCCUAAGAAAAAGGUCAAUUAUUAUAUUUUUUGAUUGGUGUGCUAACAAUAUAACCUAUUAUGGAUUAUCCUGGAACACUAACAAUCUAGGAGGUAAUCCGUACCUAAAUUUUGUAAUAUCUGGCGCAGUUGAAACCCCUGCUAAUAUAUUUACUUUGCUCACAUUGAACAGAUGGGGUAGGAAAAAGAUUUUGUGUGGCAGUAUGAUAUUUGCUGGAACGGCGUUACUUACAACCUUACUUAUCCCUAUUGAUAUUGUUUGGUUAACAGUACUCCUUGCCAUGCUUGGAAAAAUAUCUAUAACGGUCAGUUAUGGAACAAUUUAUAUUUUCUCGGCUGAACAGUUUCCAACAGUUGUGCGAAAUGCUGGAUUAGGAGCUAGUUCAACUUUCGCCAGGCUUGGGUCAAUCAUAGCACCAUACAUUAAUAUUAUGGUACAUGUUUGGAAACCAUUCCCACUUCUAGUAUUUGGAGCGCUAGCAUUCGCUGGAGGAGUUUUAUCAUUGAUGUUGCCAGAAACCCUUAACAAGAAAUUGCCGGAGACAUUAGCAGAGGGAGAGGCUUUUGGAAAAAAAUCUAAAGAGAACACACAGCUAAAAACUGUAGAAAUAGUUGAGCCUCCAAAAGAAGCUAACGAAGGAGAGCAGGUUACUCCAGACUCGAAUUUAUUGAAAAAUUCACAGGAAACAAAAGAAUCAAAUUGAAAAGCCUUGAAUUCCUCCGAAUCAAAAGUGAUACACAAGAUUAAGUAUACAUGUUUCGUUUUUGAAAUAGUUCAGUUUACAGUAUUUUCAUUGUAUGAUAUUUACAGGUUUUUUACGUGUAAUUAUUUUGUUUACCUUGUUCUUUACUUUAACUCUAGUCAUCUAAGGGCUAAUUUUUGCUGUCUUUUUUCUUUUGUAAAUCGUUUCUCUCUAAGUAGUAUAAAUAUCAGUUUUGUAUCGAUUUUAUUUUUUAUUAUAUACCGGUGAUCGUU